AUGGGGGACCUUCCCAGCGAACGGGUGACUCCAACGUACCCGUUUUUAAAAACCGGCGUUGAUCUUUGCGGUCCGCUCUUCUAUCGUCACAUCAAACGCAAAACACCUCCGGUGAAAUGUUAUGUCACCAUCUUCGUGUGCCUGGUCACAAAAGCGGUGCACAUCGAAUUCGUGGCAAACUUAACUACCGAUGCCUUCAUAUCUGCCAUGAAACGGUUUAUCGCACGACGCUCGAAGCCAGCAAUUAUCGAAUGUGACAACGCGAAAAAUUUCCAAGGAGCGUCCCGAGCACUGGCCGAACUUCUAACGCAAUUCAGAUCCCAGCAGCACCAACAUGCCAUCGUUUCCUAUUGCGUAGAAGAAGGAAUUCAGUUCAAGUUUAUACCCCCUUGCUCCCCCAACUUCGGUGGGCUCUGGGAGGCCGCCGUUAAGUCAUUUAAGAAACACCUCAAAUCAACCAUCGGUACAACGGUCCUCUACAAGGAUGAGCUGGAGACGCUACUCGUCCAGAUUGAGAGUUGUCUCAACUCCAGGCCACUCACCCAACUGUCCACGGACCCUGAAGACCUUGAGGCUCUCACGCCAGGACAUUUUUUGGUACAUCGUCCUCUAGUUGCUGCUGCAGAACCAUCAUUUGAAUCUAUGCCACAGAACCGGCUCGAUCGCUACCAGCAGACGCAGGAAUUUGUAAGAAGGAUAUGGAAACGUUGGAGCACGGAUUACCUUUCCGGUCUACUACCGCGUACUAAGUGGACUCGUCAGCGUGAUAACCUUGCUGUCGGGACAUUAGUGCUUCUGAAAGAAGAAAAACUGCCACCACUGAGAUGGUGCCUCGGUCGUGUCGUUCGAAUUUUCCAUGGCGAUGACGGGAAUGUUCGUGUAGUCUCGGUGAAGACGAAAAAUGGUGAAUUCACCCGUGCAAUUAGCAAGGUCUGCGUGCUUCCUAUCCAGCAGCCAGCAAGUGCUGAUGAGGAUGAUGUUCUCGCUGCAAUGUAG